AACAAAGUCACAUGGUGUGGGGGUCGGAGUGGCGAGCGAGCUGACACACGGAUGGCUGCGAAGAUGGAGGUCAGGAUAAACUGGCUGGUGGUUCUGUGCGGCUGCCUGUGUCUCGCCCUGACCGGAGCAUCUGAGACGGAGCGGCGCCUCCUCCAGAAGCUCUUCACAGACUACAACCUGAAGGUGCGCCCGGUCAUCAGCUGGGAGGAGAAAGUGAUGGUGCGGGUGGGGAUGACCCUGUCUCAGCUGGUCAGCCUGAAUGAGAAAAAUAGCGAGAUGACAACCAACGUCUUCAUGAAUCUGUUGUGGACGGACUACCGGUUGUCAUGGAACCCGGCGGAGUAUGACGACAUUGAAGUGGUCCGGGUUCCCCCAAACAAGGUCUGGCGCCCCGAUAUCUACCUCAUCAACAAUAAUGACGGCCAGUUUGACGUGGCCCUGUAUGUCAACGUCUUGGUUUACAGCAGCGGGGUGGUGACCUGGUUACCCCCAGCCAUCUACCGCAGCUCCUGCUCUAUCGAGGCAGCGUACUUCCCCUUCGACUGGCAGAACUGCACCAUGGUGUUCAUGUCUUACACCUACGACGCCUCCGAGGUCGACCUCCAGUACUUCCUGGAUGAGGACGGCAACGAGAUCCAGGAGAUUGUCAUCGAUCAGAACGCCUUCACUGAGAACGGGGAGUGGAACAUCUGCCACAAGCCCAGCAGGAAGAACGUGAAGCGGGACCUGUAUGAAGACAUCACCUUCUACCUGAUCAUAGAGAGGAAGCCCCUCUUCUACAUCGUCAACAUCAUCGUGCCCUGCAUCAUCACCAGUGUGCUGGCCAUCUUUGUGUUCUACCUGCCGCCCGGAGCAGGAGAAAAGAUGACCCUCUCCAUCUCCGUACUCAUCGCCCUCACCGUCUUCAUGCUGCUGCUGUCCAAUAAGGUCCCUGAGACGUCGCUGGCCACGCCCAUCAUCGUCAACUACGUCAUGUUCACCAUGGUCCUGGUCACCUUCUCCGUCAUCCUCAGCGUGGUGGUGCUCAACCUCCACCACCGCUCCACCAACACCCACCAGAUGCCCAUGUGGGUGCGCAAGGUUUUCAUCGACUUCCUCCCAAAGUACAUCGGCAUGACCAGGCCGCCAACAGAGGAACCAGAGGAGGAGUGGGAGAAGGAGCAGGAGUCUACCGACUUGGGCCGACCGCUGCAACCGCCGCCCGGGAGACGACCUGGGGGGGAGUACUUUAUCCGUAACAUCGACCCCGAUCGUGUCAUGCCAUGGACAGACAGGAACGAGAGCACGGUGCAGCUCCAGCGCUACUUUGACACCGAAAGCUACUGCCUGGUGCUGCCGCCAAACCUCAAGUCGGCCAUUGCGGCCGUCACCUACAUGAGUGAACAGCUGAAGAAACAGGACACGGAUGACUCGAUCACAGGGGACUGGCAGUAUAUAGCCCUGGUGGUGGACCGGCUCUUCUUCUGGCUGUUUGUGGUCAUCACAGGUCUGGGCACCCUGGCAAUGUUCCUGGAUGCCAGCUUCAACUUCACCCCAGACGAGCCCUUCCCAUAGUCCCCACAAACACACACUUACACACACACACACACACACACACACACAACACACACACACACGCUUGCAAACACACGCAUACACUCACACACACUAAAUUAUUCACACAAAUGUACACAUGCACGCACAGACACACACACACACACACACACACACACACACACACACACACACACACACACAAACACACACACACACACACACAGUUGGAUAUGAUAAUCAAUUAUUUGCAUUUUUCUAUUCCUCUUUGGUGCUCUUCCAAGGCCACAAAUUCUCACAUUCAGUAUUUAUAUCCCCGCUGGUAUGUUGCCAAAUUGAUGUCAAAAGUAUUGUCUAGGUAAAUCUAAACUGUAGGCAUAGAUGUGGAAAUAAUAAUGAUAAUAAUAAUAAAAAAAAAGCAUUUAUCUUACUAGUAAAUGAAAAGGUUCUGUUCAAAAAUGUACACAAUUUAAUAGCAAUGUAUUUUACUCCCUCAUGUUACAGAUUAAGACAUUGUUACGAGUACGAUUCUGUUUAUCUCACGCUUGGGAUCACAUGGAGGUGGGGUGGAGGGAAGGGGGUGACUUUAUGGGCCACCCGGACGGAUGCUUCAUUGGCGUGCGCUGUGCUGACAUCCCUCACUGGAGGCAUGCACCAUGGCACAGUGUAAGGGUGCUGAUGGACCUCUAGGUCCGUCAGCACCCCAAGGGAAAAAACAUGGAGCAAUGAGGACAUUGUAAUACUGACACGGCAGUUUCUGCAUUUCAUAAUUCUUUCAUGUAGACUCUGCCAUUUUCAACUUCUUCCACUCCAAAACAAGUUCAUGGCACCUGUCACACACAUGCACACACACAUACACACACACACACACACACAAACACACACACACACACACGGACACUCACACACACACACACACGCACACUUUUAAUCCUGAUUGCAUGAUCUGAGAUGAUUCCCAACCCUAUAGGUUUUUUUUACGCAGACAAUACUUUUUGCAUCAAUUUGACUCCUUACUCUGGUGUCCUUCCAUGUCCGUAACACCGGUGUUGAUCGGGACAGGCGAGUCUAUCAAUGACUCGAGUCCUCAACCUUACAGGCCUCAUUGUGUACAGUACGGAAUUACUUGAUGUGUUGUCUUUAUUUUUGAUUUGAAAGGUUAAAAAAAUACACUUCUUGUGGAAGAUCACAUUACUGUUGUAAUUAUUUGUCUUGUGACUAUUAUUAGUCGUGACUGAGACGUUGUAGGAAUAAGGGUUUCUAAUUGGUUGUACUAGAGGAUACAGGCCACUAGGCGGCAAAAGCGUAGCAGACAAGCCUAUACCGCUUCAAAUUCAAGAUCAAGGUACUGACCUAAUAAAGAAAUUAGGUAAGCUCAUAUCCAGAUGGAGCACGAGUUUUGGCUUACCGACAUCCACACCCCGUGCAUCAUCGGCCUGGACCUGCCCGUCUGGGACCACCGGGGACUACGACGCCUGCUGCCGGAGACGGGCAGUCCCACCCGGGGAGAAGUCUGCGUCUUCACUGUGCAGGCAGGGGCCCCAGCGUCCGACCAGUCGGUCAGGCACCCUGAACGCUGAAAGGCUAUGGGCCUGGUCCGGCCCAUAUUAACACAAUGUGGUGCCCCUGGGCACUAUUCCUCAACUAACACAAGCUAGCUAGACUAUGAUACACUUUAAACACUGUUUACUAGCUAAAUUCAAUACAAUACAAAUAUUAAGUAAAAACAAGUGUUAUCUGUAUUAUGCUAUUUCGUCUUUGGCAAAAUGAGCGCAAAUGUUUUUUGAGACCUGCCUGGCCAUGUGCACACACACAGUCACACACACAAACACAGUUGAUGGUAUGUUUGCAAAUUGCAAUAUAUUUGAAUUUACCAUUAGUCUGCAAUUUUUGACACAAUUUUACACGCAAAUACAAUUUGGGCUGGAUGGGCUAAUUCCAGGCCUGCUACAGCCCCAGAUGGUAGAUUUCUCUAU